AUGACACCCUUCAAGGCUCUUUAUGGGAGAGAACUUCCUCCCAUAUUGCCUUAUGAGUAUGGAUCUGCCAAUGUGACAGAAGUGGAGACUCGUCUGGUUGCAAGGGAUGAGAUCCUCAGAUUGCUCAAGUCCAAUUUGGCAAAGGCCCAGCAGAGAAUGAAGGUUCACUAUGACACACACCACUGCCAGCUGGAAUUUCAGGUACUACUUGGCCUUUCAGGAGUUAUGGUCGUCAUGCUUUCUGUUCUUGGAUCUGUAGGAUUUUUCAGUGCUAUAGGAGUGAAGUCUACACUAAUUAUAAUGGAAGUCAUUCCUUUUCUUGUUUUAGCUGUUGGAGUGGAUAACAUGUGUAUCUUGGUACAUGCUGUCAAACGACAACCAUUGGAGUUGCCUUUAGAAGGGCGGAUAAGUAAUGCACUUGUUGAAGUUGGACCAUCUAUAACACUAGCUAGUUUGUCUGAGGUUUUGGCAUUUGCAGUUGGAAGUUUUAUUCCUAUGCCUGCAUGCCGUGUGUUCUCCAUGUUUGCAGCAUUGGCUGUUCUUCUGGACUUUCUUUUGCAAGUUACUGCUUUUGUUGCCUUGAUAGUUUUUGACUCUUUACGAGCUGAGGAUCAUAGGGUUGACUGCUUUCCAUGCAUAAAAAUUCCCUCAUCAUCUUCUGAGCCUGAUGGAGGCAUUGGUCAGAGAAAGCCUGGAUUGCUCGCUCGAUAUAUGAAGGAAGUCCAUGCACCGGUUCUUUCUCUUUGGGGAGUUAAAAUAGUCGUGGUUGCUAUCUUCAUUGCUUUAGCUCUAGCAAGCAUUGCAUUAUGUUCAAGGAUACAACCUGGCUUGGAGCAGAAGAUUGUUCUUCCCCGUGACUCAUAUCUUCAGGGAUAUUUCAAUAACGUUUCUGAGCAUCUGAGAGUAGGCCCACCAUUAUAUUUUGUGGUUAAGAACUAUAAUUACAGCUCAGAAUCAAGACAUACAAACCAAUUAUGCUCCAUCAGCCAGUGUGAUUCCAACUCCCUUUUAAAUGAGAUAGCAAGGGCAUCCUUGGUACCGGAAUCAAGCUACAUUGCUAAGCCAGCUGCUUCAUGGCUUGAUGACUUUCUUGUAUGGAUUUCCCCAGAAGCAUUUGGUUGCUGCCGGAAGUUUACAAAUGGCAGUUACUGUCCCCCUGCUGAUCAGCCUCCAUGUUGUUCCCCUGAUGAAAGUUCUUGUGGUGUUGGUGGGGUAUGCAAAGAUUGUACCACGUGCUUCCGUCAUUCAGAUUUGCAUAAUGAUCGUCCUUCUACUGCACAAUUUAGGGAGAAACUUCCAUGGUUCCUUGAUGCCCUACCAUCUGCUGAUUGUGCCAAGGGUGGACAUGGGGCUUACACCAGCAGUGUGGAUCUGAAUGGUUACAACAGUGGUAUUAUACAAGCAUCGGAAUUUCGUACAUAUCAUACCCCACUAAAUAAACAAAGUGAUUAUGUCAAUUCAAUGCGAGCCGCACGAGAGUUCAGCUCAAGGGUUUCAGAUUCUUUGGGGAUUGAAAUCUUUCCUUAUUCAGUAUUUUAUAUGUUUUUCGAGCAAUACCUGGAUAUUUGGAGAACAGCAUUGAUCAACCUUGCAAUAGCUCUUGGUGCCGUAUUUAUUGUCUGCCUGGUCAUCACUUGCAGUUUUUGGAGUUCCACAAUUAUCUUAAUUGUCUUGUCAAUGAUUGUUGUGGAUCUCAUGGGGGUGAUGGCAAUUCUAGAUAUUCAACUGAAUGCGGUUUCUGUUGUAAAUCUUGUAAUGUCGAUAGGAAUUGCUGUUGAGUUUUGUGUUCAUAUCACACAUGCUUUCUCGGUAAGUGGUGGCGACAGAGGCCAGCGAGCAAAGGAGGCUUUGAGUACAAUGGGAGCUUCUGUCUUCAGUGGAAUUACACUUACGAAGCUAGUUGGAGUGAUUGUCCUAUUCUUUGCAAGAUCAGAAGUUUUUGUGGUUUAUUACUUCCAAAUGUACCUCGCAUUGGUACUUAUUGGGUUCUUACAUGGGCUUGUAUUUUUGCCUGUGGUACUGAGCAUUUGUGGCCCCCCUUCAAGAUGCCUACUAAUUGAGAAGAAACAAGAAGAGCAGUCAUCUUCAUCACAAUUGUAGGUGAUGGGUGUGUAAUGUAUUGCACACUCCAUCUUUUACAUGCUGUUGGUUUUGUAUCGAUACUAUGUAUAUUGCAUGUAUAAUCGAGCACUUGCUAAAAUAGUCUCAAUAGUGUAAAUUAAAUAGGUGUCUUUAGCAUCACGACCUUUUGUUGUCUGUUUUCAUCUUCAGGAAUGCCAGCAAAAAGGUAAGCUGUAAGCGAUAUAGAUAAAUUUAAGUUCCACCGUCAUGGUAGUUGCUUAA